AUGAACUUUGCUCACACCAGAAGAAAAUAUAUGAAAUUGAUACUCAUGCCGGUGUAUCAAUCGCUGGUCUACUGUCAGAUGGAAGAAUUCUUGCAAGAACUACAGGCCAACACUCAAUAUUAUGGUCGGCGACCCUUUGGAGUCGGCUUAUUAAUUGCGGGAUACGAUAAAGAUGGUACACACAUUGUGCAGUCGGAUCCAUCAGCAGAGGUUGUGGAAAUGUUCGCAUCAUCCAUCGGUGCCAGAUCGCAAUCAGCGCGCACUUACUUGGAGAGGCACUUGGACAAAUUUAGGGAAGCUAGUGCCGAUGAUUUAAUUCGACAUGCUCUUCUGGCUCUGAGAGACACCUUGCCUGCGGAGGAGAAUUUGACGAGUCAGGUACGGAGUUGUGAACUACUCUGA